AUGAAAUUUAGCUGUAUUUUAAUUUUACCGUUUUUGAUUAUUUAUGCUUCAGCAGAUGACUAGCCAGCUGCUGUACCAGGGACAGUUGAAUAAAGCUGCAAUAAUUUAGCUACUACUUGUGAUGAGAGUUCAAAAGGGUGUGGCAUGGCUGGAUCAUCUAAUAAUUGGUUAUAUGAUAAGGAUAAUGCAAAGUGCAUCGUAGUUGAUUGUAAUUAACUCACAAAUAGUGGAGCUAUAGUAUCAAGUUUUGCUUGUGCUAGUUGUUUUACUUCAGGAACUAGCUCAGCAGGUAUGAAUGCUGGUAAUAUAUAUGCAAAUACGAAUGGAGAUGCUUGUGUUAGUAUAGAUUGCGUUAAUUUAGCUUUAUAAUAGUAGAUGACAACGGCUAAUUGCAUAAUUUGUGUAGGAAAAGGUUCUACUGUCAAUAGCGAUAAUUCUACUUGUACUAAUUCAACUUCCAGUUCCUUAAUCGUAAUUGCCUCAAGCUUACUUUUUCUUUCUUUACUAAUAUGA